GGUUUGGCUUCCAUCAGUCCGUCCGGCCUUCUCUUUGGAAGAUGAUGCUGAAUAUUGACGUCUCGGCAACAGCGUUUUACAAGGCACAACCGGUGAUUGAGUUUGUUUGUGAAGUUUUGGAUUUUAAAAGUAUUGAAGAACAACAAAAACCUCUGACAGAUUCCCAAAGGGUAAAGUUUACCAAAGAAAUCAAAGGUCUCAAGGUGGAGAUAACGCACUGCGGGCAGAUGAAGAGGAAGUACCGCGUCUGCAACGUGACCCGGAGGCCUGCCAGCCACCAAACGUUCCCGCUGCAGCAGGAGAGCGGGCAGACGGUGGAGUGCACAGUGGCCCAGUACUUCAAGGACAGGCACAAGCUGGUCCUGCGCUACCCCCACCUCCCAUGUUUACAAGUCGGGCAGGAGCAGAAACACACCUACCUUCCCCUAGAGGUCUGUAAUAUCGUGGCGGGACAGAGAUGUAUUAAAAAGCUGACGGACAAUCAGACCUCAACCAUGAUCAGAGCGACUGCCAGGUCAGCCCCCGAUCGGCAGGAGGAGAUUAGCAAAUUGAUGAGAAGUGCCAGUUUUAAUACAGACCCGUAUGUUCGUGAAUUUGGAAUCAUGGUCAAAGACGAGAUGACAGAUGUGACCGGGCGGGUCCUCCAGCCGCCCUCCAUCCUCUACGGGGGCAGGAACAAAGCGAUUGCCACACCGGUCCAGGGCGUCUGGGACAUGAGGAACAAGCAGUUCCACACGGGCAUCGAGAUCAAGGUGUGGGCCAUUGCAUGCUUCGCCCCCCAGCGCCAGUGCACGGAGGUCCACUUGAAGUCCUUCACAGAGCAGCUCAGAAAGAUCUCGAGGGACGCGGGCAUGCCCAUCCAGGGCCAGCCGUGCUUCUGUAAAUACGCCCAGGGGGCCGAUAGCGUGGAGCCCAUGUUCCGGCACCUGAAGAACACGUACGCCGGCCUGCAGCUGGUGGUGGUCAUCCUGCCUGGCAAGACGCCCGUCUACGCCGAGGUCAAGCGUGUGGGAGACACAGUGCUGGGGAUGGCCACGCAGUGUGUGCAGAUGAAGAAUGUGCAGAGGACCACACCACAGACCCUGUCCAACCUCUGCUUGAAGAUCAACGUCAAACUGGGAGGCGUGAACAACAUCCUGCUGCCACAGGGGAGGCCUCCAGUGUUCCAGCAGCCAGUCAUCUUUCUGGGGGCGGAUGUCACUCACCCCCCGCCGGGGACGGGAAGAAGCCUUCCAUCGCUGCCGUCGUGGGCAGCAUGGACGCACACCCCAAUCGCUACUGCGCCACUGUGCGGGUCCAGCAGCACCGGCAGGAGAUCAUCCAGGACCUGGCUGCCAUGGUGCGCGAGCUGCUCAUCCAGUUCUACAAGUCCACGCGCUUCAAGCCCACCCGCAUCAUCUUCUACCGCGACGGCGUCUCGGAGGGGCAGUUCCAGCAGGUUCUUCACCACGAGCUACUGGCAAUCCGCGAGGCAUGCAUUAAGCUGGAGAAGGACUACCAGCCAGGGAUCACGUUCAUCGUGGUCCAGAAGAGGCAUCACACACGGCUCUUCUGCACCGACAAGAAUGAGCGGGUUGGGAAAAGCGGAAACAUUCCAGCAGGCACCACCGUGGACACCAAAAUCACCCACCCGACCGAGUUUGACUUCUACCUGUGUAGUCAUGCCGGCAUCCAGGGAACAAGCAGGCCUUCCCACUAUCACGUGCUUUGGGAUGACAAUCGUUUCUCUUCCGAUGAGCUGCAGAUCCUCACCUACCAGCUGUGUCACACCUAUGUGCGCUGCACACGCUCCGUGUCCAUCCCGGCGCCAGCCUACUACGCUCACCUGGUGGCCUUCCGGGCCAGGUACCACCUGGUGGAUAAAGAACAUGAUAGUGCUGAAGGAAGCCAUACCUCCGGGCAGAGUAACGGACGAGACCAUCAGGCCUUGGCAAAGGCUGUCCAGGUUCAUCAGGACACACUGCGCACCAUGUACUUUGCUUGACAUGUUUUAGUGUUUACGAUUGUGUACCGAGGUGGAUUCACACGAGACCAGCUACACUCAGACCAACAAACGCCCAGCCCUAGCGUGACAGCCAGCACUGAACACGAGACGUCAGUGAUUUAGCAGAUUCUCCGUUUUCCAGAAUGCCUUCCGUCCCAGAUCUCAGACUUGGGUUUUGAGCUGCAGACCUGUAUGAGACCCCACUGUCGCAGGAAAUGUGGUUUGCCAAAAUCUAUGAGCUGCUUAUUAAAAUAGAGUCCCGUGUUUCCUAAAAAUCUCCUAAAACCAGUCUAUGAACUCAGGGCUUUAAAACAUUUUUAAUUUAUUUGGUCACUCAACUUACUUGUUUUUAACACAUGAUCCUGUAUGAAAUUGAUGGACUCAAACUAGCUGUGAACGUUCUGAGAGUGGAAGCAACACAGCACACAACGUGGUUUUAAAGCCUUGACCAUUCUGAUGUCGUCAGUAGGGCUUAUUGCAGAGUGACGCCAGUGCACUCCUGACGUGACUGGCGCCAGCCCUGCAGGACCCCAGGCGGGGCCGGGCUGAGGCGCCCGCGGUCUCUCGUUCUGCCAUUGCCUGCUUUUCCCUCAGCUCCCAGGAAGGCGCCGUGGCAGGGGAUGGGCCGCGUGUGUUCACAACAGUUACAGGUCCAGAGGGAUUGGCAGGCAAGUGCCGUUUUAAUAACAGUUUAUUUAAAAAAAGAAGAAAAAAGACAAUAUGCCGACAGUCUAAUCAUAAGAUUUGUCCUAUAGGACUGUGACAUUUAUUUUCCAAAGUUUCUAAAGAAUACGGGUCUGUGGUGAUAAAUACAGUACAAUCCUUUUUCACUGUUUUGUCUUUAAUGUAAGAGAAAAAAUAUAUAUAUCUGGUUUGCAGUAUUAAUGUGAUAGAUAGAAGCUGUUUUUCAUUUUAUCGACUACGGGGUGCUUCUUGUGAUCUGUUCAGCAUAUCAAGAGUGUUUCGGAGCCUGGAGACUGGACCACCUCUUGUGGUUCUCAGUGCUUAAGUACAGGAGUAUGCAAUUGACUAAAUGUGACCGCGGCCUGCCCCCUCAGUGCAGACUGGACCCUCGGGAGGGCCGGGUGUGCCCCCAGCAGUCACCCCCCUUCCCUCCUCCGCAUCCCGUGGGUUGCUCAGCCGAUCAAGCACAAGUGGAAAGCGUUUCUUCUUCCAUUCCUGGGAACGAGUUGGUGUGUCCCGGUGCACUUCUCUGCGCGUGGUCUGUUAGACAGGCGUCAUAGGAUCUGUGCACUGAGGCACACAGGCGGCCGGCGGUGCUGGCGCUCUGCUGGAUGCGAGGCUGGCAAUCAGCGACGGAGCCCUGCCCCCGGGAGGACGGCUGAGGGCGAAGCCAGCAGGAGAGGCAGACCCUUCUGCUAGGAUUUGCGUCCUGGGCCCUGGACGUGGGUUUGCCAAUCUAGAAACCAUUGCACUAAGAGUGACACCGUGGACAGCUCGCCGGGGGAGCAGCGGAGCGCCAUUGGUGCUCGGUGGGUUUCUCAUCCUCGUAGGCAGUUUUAUUAAGAAUCAAAUCGCAUUCAAUACAGAGAUUCGAGCAAGGAGACGAGCCUUUCCCUAGUGCUGCUUUGUGCUCUGCAGGCCACCUUGGGCCCUGCUGACGGCCCCCCUUUCUGGCCUGCCGUUGACCUCUGGCGCCCAGUGCUGUGUGUGAGGCUCCGAGGGGCGCGGGUAGAGCUGUAGUGGGUGCUCAGCCUGGACUUUGGUGGCAGCGACAAAGGGAUGACUAUGACUUGUGAAGAUAUAUACUCAGAGUAGUGUGUGCGUGUGUGUGUGUGUGUGCGCGUGCGCACAUGUGGGUGUCACAUUAAUGGCAUUAGUCUCUUCUUGCUGUAUCUUUUUAUUUUUUGUCUUUUUAAAUGACAGAAGCCUCUGCUCUAAAAAAUGUUGCAAUUCCCUGUUGUUUUAUUAGCAAGUGGCACUUUCUCCCGUUCAGAAUGAUCCCAGUGCACUCUUGGCGUAAAUUACCAGGAACAUUCAAGCUAAGGGGGGACUCUUUUCACUAAUAAACUUUUAAAAUCUGAAAUUAGGUUAAUUUUCAGCCAUUUAGGACCAUCUAGAACUGUGUGUCUCAGAGGGGUGUUUCUGCCAUUUGCAGGAGGAUCUUGGUCGUCGGCGCAGUGGUGGUGAAAAGGCAGCGCCCCUGCGGCCCUCCCUGCGCAGACGCUCCAGGCCUGGGGCUGCCUGUCAGUGGGAGCUCCGGGGCUGAGCAGCUCCAACCUGGCGGCUUCUGGAGGCCCCGGGGUGGGGGCUCCCCGGCAGUUCAGGGAGAGGUUUUCUAACCUCACACCCUGGGGUGGAUCUUGGGCUGGCUGGAAAUUAGACCAAAAUUUUUUUAAAAAUCAGUUUGAAGGAAAGUUUUCUUUCUAGUGGGCCGAAGUACUUUGAGAAAGGUACAUCUUACAGCCCUCUGCUUGUUUUGUAAAGCUUUUCCUACUUAAAAACGUUAAUAAACCAAACGUCUCCAGCAGGGUUGGCUGCACACCCUCAUACGUGUCUGAUGGUCAGAAUUCAAAUGGCUGUAAUUACAGUUUCUCAGGUAAAUAAUUGUUUUCCUAGAUUUCUACCAAUCCCCCCAUUAUUAGGAUAAAUUUUGAGACAGCAUUAAACCUCAGAGUGCAGCAGAGUAGUUCCAAGCCCUGUCCAUCUGGAAGCCAAAGGGGACCCUGCCCAUUCUGAUUGUGUUGUGCCCAGGGCGGCCUGGUGACCACGUGGCCGGCCUGAGAGGGGCCCAGGGACGUCGGCCUCUGCCUGUGUUUGGCGGGUUUCCUGAGGCCCGUGUGGGGCCUCGCCGAUUUCAGGGGCCUCCGCUUGCUGGCUUUGCCCCACCCCACUGUUAAGUAAGGUGUGCCUUGCUUUAAUUAAGCAAACUGAAUGUGAAGAUUAUGAUGUAGAAAAGCUGGAUUCAUUUAAAAGAAAAACUGGGAUUUAUCUCAUCUCUUUGUAAGAGGCCUCCCAAUUCAGUUCUUAUCCUGGGACUCUCCCUGGUGUAUUUUAAAACAUUCACUGUAAGAAAAGUUAACGUCUUCCGGUCCCUUCCGCACUGUCUGUUCCAUUGGCCAAGCUCUUGGCAAGUAGCUCGGUGAUGAGACGCCCCAGGUGGGGGGUCGCCCUGCUCCUUGUGUUCUGAUCACAAGCUCAGACUUCCUCGUUCACGUAGAUCGUGUAAAGCUGGGCAUCCCUGUACUUGCAGAAAGGGGUGGCUUUAUUUUGGUUUUGGUUUUCUGUUUUGAGAGAAACAUAUACACUUGGCUUCUGGUCGUGGUCUCACUCUCCCGUGAGUGAAUGCCUGUGAACCACGGCCCGGCCUGGCCCACCCGGAGGGGCUGUCGGUGCUGGAGUGAUCCCCACGCCGUUCGCGGGCGGCCAUGCCUGGCGCUGUCCCUGACGAUUGUGCCGCGAGUGCUCACUAGAAGAGACAGUUGAAGUUCAGUUCCUACAGCAGGGUUUUUGGGGGGUGGGUGUCGCUGGUGUGUUGUGUGUUGUUUUUAUUGUUGUAAAUGGAGAUGUCGCUAUUUAUUUUUCCUUUCUGCUCUGGUUUGAUUUAGCUGGUGUGGAUAGUCCAGUGCAUGUGGUACCUGAUGGAGAUGAUAGAAAUUACUUUCCCCAACUUUUAUAAAUUACCUGAUGUUUGUUUCCCUUCAGGUUUGCUGGAUGAUUUAUUUUUGAAAGCCGCAAAUGCGGUUUCUCGGGGUGAGUUGUUUUUCUUACACGUGCAGCAGUGUAACUUCACACUGAGCUGCAGGGUGAUUUAAAUUUUAUUUUUACAAGGCAGUUUUCCAGUCAGAUUAUAUAUUUGAUACAACGCGUUAAGGGCAGACCAGCCACGCACUGAGCAGCUGGGGCCGCAGACUGUCUCGAGGAGGCCGGGCCGGCUGCUCUCGGCCACGCCCCGUCGCGGAAGCCCUUGGCCGGCUUCCGGAGCCGUCGGCAUCGGGAUGCGUCCUGCAGCGGGACUUGGACCUGCUGGACAGUUGAAGGACUUUUCCUGGGCAUUUCCUGCACCUAAGGCAGCUCCAUUGGGAGGAGCUUUAGAAGUUGACACGAUCCAGACAGUGGACAAUCCCAGUGGCCCAGACAAGCCAUAGAAGUUUUCCCCUGUGACCUCUCUCUAACUCACCUCUCGCGCUCCCGAGAAAAGGAAUGUACAGUAAACAGAAACUUCCUCAACGUCCACGCGCCUCACUUUCAGAAUGCAACUGUUCUAUUUGUAUUUUCAGCCCUUCCCCAGAGUAACCCAGAAUGUUCUCUCCAGCUGCCGUGCCAGCAGUUUCGGCUGCUGUGACGUUUUCAGUGUAGACGUAACGCUCAUGUGACUUUGUCAUGGGGCUGUCCGUGUUACACACACAUGCUGACUCUUUUUGUAAGGAAAAAUUUCAACUCAAAAUAAUUGCACUGAUUUUUUGACAACUUCCUUUUUAUUAUGUCCGACUUUGCAUCUGCUGUACUUGUUUGAAAUGAUUGUAAAUAGACUUAGGAUAGCAGAAAUGAUGUGAAUACGCCCCAUUGCUUUGUUUUAGUGGUAUUGCCCCAUUUUUCAGUAUUAUGUGCUAGCGCUGUGUGGACUGACUUCUGCCCCCCCUCCCCCCAGCCGUGUGCCUGUGACCGCUGAUGAAGGACAAGCUGGCCUCGUUGUCUUCUCGUCCUGGAGGGGAGUUUGCAGUCUGUUGGAAGGAGAGGAUGCCCUCUCCUUGCGGUCUGAAGACUUAAUUCUAAGAGGAUUAACUCUAAACCCUUUUGCUCUGUUUAAUUCCUUGUCAUUUGCCGUGACUCCUUAAAGCGUUUGCCUCCGGCUCCAUCCAGCAUUUGACAGCUCGGAGGGGAAGCAUCUGAAGGGCCACAUUUCCCAAGAGUCAGGGCCUCCCUUCUCUUUGCUCCGCCGUCAUCUCAAAGCCAUGAGGUCACUGUUGUGUCAGAACCGUCGUUUGUGGCUUAACCCAGAGGUGCUGGGCAGGCCUGAAAUCCAGUGCUGUUCCUUUGUGCCCUGUGAUUUGCCAGACUAGAAGCGUUGCUCCAGCCCACAGCGUCUAAUUCUGUUUGUGGUCGGGCUGCUGGGACCUCUUAAACCCAAACCAGUCAUCUGAGUAUGUAUUAUAUGUCACGUCCAUGCCAUUCUCGGUGCCCUCACUUAACGCUUUUUUGGAUGUUUUGCCGUUUUAUUGUCUAAAGUGAAUGUAUUGGCUUAGCCAUAUCACUACAGAAGGUGGUUAUUAAAUACCUUUUAGUUAAAAAAAAUGCAGAUAAAGGCUACCUCUGAAUUCUCAAUAGACUCAUGCUUUUAAGCGUAGCUGUCCACCCUGCAAACAGCCAAAAUGUUGCCUGAAUAAACUGAAUUGUGAGCAUCUCUCUGUUCGGUUCUGGCUUGACCAUUUGUGUGCCAUACUGUGACCCACGGGCAGUCCCCUCCCCAAUGUGUGUCAGGACCAGACCAGGGACUCCUCUGGGCUGCCCAGCUCCGAGAGUCUAGGACUCUCAGUGCCAGCGGGACUGGAGCCGGGGGCCAUUUCUGCGCCGACCUCAGGUGUGAGGCCUUGUACGGCGAAACCUGGAAAUGACCCGCAGUCCUCCUGGCUUCUUACUUUCCUGUUUGACGUAAGAAGGCAUUUUUUUUUCUGCUUUCCUUUUGAAAGGGUUGAAGGUGGCUCCCUCCACUCUCUCCUCCAUUUUCGUGCGCUCUGUAAAAUCACGAAGGUGCUUGCACGCCGACUCCCACGCAGACAGUGCCCUUACAGUACUGCGUGGUUUCAGAUGCAGGGCAGACGUCAGUGCCCUUGACUUGGGAGCUUUGAGUUACUGUCACUCCGUACUUUAAAACGAUAAGAUUUGAAAGCAGAAUGUUCUGUUCCAAUCCAAGGCCCUUGGUUUGAAAGGAGCACAGGGUCCACGGCGGCGUCUCGAAGUAGGCGUGCCCUCUGCCUGCGUGCUGGGCAUCUGUCCUGGCGGGGGGUUGUCUCACGUGUGAUUAACCACUUUGCUGUCAGGAAUGUCCUUUGCCCGCACGCUGCUGUGGGCCGGUCAGGCUCACCCUCUGCCUCCUCCACGUCUUUCCUUAGGUUCCAUGUGUUCUCUUGUCGUCACAAGGUGAGUGUCUGCUGCAAAAUCACCUGCACUGGUUGCUUCUGAGUUCUUGAGGGGCAGGUGAGCAGCGUUGCACUUGCAGACACCUGGGUGUGCCCUGGCAGCUUUGCUCCCCUCCAGAUGCUCAGCCAACCUUGACUUUGUCCCAGCGAGGUUCCAGUUGCACCGUACAUGGAAGUCAUUGCCUUUAACGCUGUUGUUUUCAUGCUGCGUGGAGUGGUUUAGUCCCAAAAGUGCUUAGUGUCCUUUGCAGUUUUUCUAAAAAUGUGUCGUUCUGCGGUCACGCUGUUGUGCAGAUGCAGGCGCCCCCAGCAUCUGCUGACUGCUCCCAGGGCUACUGGGGUCUCUGAAGCAGUUCGUUUCCAGCCAGAAUCCCAUACAGGGUUUUCCGGGGGGCGCUGCACGUGGCCACCUCCUCUCCAGCAAUGUGAACCGCUGAGCUCAGGUCUGCCCGUCAGCCUGUUGUAUGCACGAGGUGGGCCUCCGCCACUGUCUUUGUGUUCCUGCAAGAUCAUUAAAGGUGAGGAAACUGAAGGUUACUGGUGCUUUUGUGAACACUUCGCUGUCUUACUGGUCGAUGUGAGAAACUGAGGUGUGGUAGGUCUUUCAGUGCCCUUGGUGGGCGGCAGGGGGGCUGACGGGCCCUGACGCCUUCUUCAGGCAGUUCGAAGAGGCUGAAUUUUCUCCUAUGUACAAACUCCUUGGAUUUCAGUAGUUCAGAGUUAAAGCUGGCACACCAAAUACUGGCUUUUCUCCCCUCCCCUCCCCUCCCCAUCUCCAGGAGCUCCUUGUGGAGGCCAGUCCCAUCAGUACUGUCGGCACCUGCAUCCCGAGUUGAUCGCAGUUGCGCCCCACACCACGAGUCCGGGCUGCGUGGCACCGCCUGGCAGAGCUCGAUGCUAGUGAGGGGCCCGAGGCUCCUUUGAUCUCUGGCUAUGGUAGGGACAAUCCCCAGGGUGGGACUGCUGGCCCUCUGACCUAAGAAACAGUUGGCGCCCAGGCCUCCUCCGGUCCCCGUCGGUGCCGGACUGAGUGUGCCCAGAGACCCAAGCUCAGCCUCUGUGCCUUCCAGUCGGGUCCUGGGGGUCCUUCAGCAUCACGAUGGGGCUGCGUUUUUACUGGGAAGGAAGCCUGUUCUGUUCCACAGUCAGUCCCUGACACCCCCCGCCUUUGAAGCUGCUUCUGCUCCUUGGCUCCCAGCAUUGUAAACUGUGAGGCCAGCACGUUAUCUCUGGCUGGAAGGCUCUGGGUCUCAGCUGCCUAACUCCCCUGGCCCGGAGCUGCUGGGGCUUCAGGAAGGCAGGGCAGGGCCCACCUCUCGGUCAGACCACGAACCUUGUGCUCAUGAUCACCUGGCGUGAGUAUUUAGUGGCACUAGAUUUUUUAAGAGAUGAAUUGGAAUUGGAAUCAUGUCUUUAUAGAAUGCAUGUGAAGUCCUAGAUGAAGGUGCUAUUUCAGCCCUCCGUCUGUCAUGGCGGAGUGCUUCUCCUCACUGUGGCUGUUUUGUGAUGUGCGGGGAAACUGCUCCCUUGGGCAUGGUGUCACCUAGAGCCAGUUCCAAGGUGUCUAAAGCGCAGCUUUUAGCUCUGACUUUUUCAAAACAGGAACCAAGCAGUUUUCUUGGCUGAUGAUCUGAUUAAACCCUCCUUCCCUCUCAGUGGAUGAUCUUACUGGUUUUAAGUGGGGAAAAUAACCCAACAUUAUUUACUUUAAAGUGUAUAGAAAAGCCUUGUUGGUGGCUGCUCCAGGCACCGCCCUCUCCCCAGCCCUCCAUUCCGACGGGGCUGCACAGAGACACUGGCCACAGGCAGGCUGGAGAGUAACGAUUUUGGUCCUUCCUUCAAAGCCAAAUGUACACAGGACUGAGAUCCUGGAUGUCUGUAGUUUAGCACUAAACUGAAAUCUGACUCCUGAGUUUGAUAGUGGAUUUUAAAUGUAGUUGUUGAAGGUAUAAAUUCAUGUUUUGUAACUGUAGAGGCAAGUGAGUUUUUACUUUUUAAAAAGUUUUAAGGGAAUAAUUGUAAGUUUCUGUGCAGCAAAGUGGCUAAUUACUCAUUAAAUACAAGAAAAGAAUGUAGUGUCUAAAUCCAGAUUUUUCUUACCUCUGGUACACUUCAGAUUGCUUACCUAAUAUGUAUUGAGGGGUUUCAACCCUGAGUUUUAUCAACUUUUCUAGUUUUAUUUUAU